GUCAUAGAACUUGAUAACCCAUUAACGAGGCGAGAGAUCUCAAAGCCCGUCCUCCACGAUCCGUAGUUAGUGUCGCAGUGGGGCUUCCAAGUUCUCCAAUGGCCGAAACCAAAAGGGAAAAGGAAAUAAACAAAACUCAUCCCAACGCUGUAAAUUUCAACCGCCCACCACUCCUCUCCUUCCACGUCCAUUUCCCUGCCCUGUUCUGAAUUUCUCACGGCCCAUUUCCGUGCCCACUUGUCGCACCGAACCCAUCUGCGUGAGCCCUUGGAAGAGCUCCAAAUUCUUCGAUUCGGUGGUUUCUUUAUCCUAAUUUGACUUGUUUCGUUUGGUUUGGUUUCGUUUCUCUGUGUUGCUUUUUGUAGCUCGCCAUACCCUUUUGCCUCCAUUUGCUUUUCCCUCACUUUCCUGUCCGGAAAAGGCAAAAGUUCGCUUUCGAAUUUGUAUUUGUUUUGUGGGUUUUCAUCGAAAUCCGUGUCCGGAUUUCAAGGACCUGAAACCGCCGGACGAGGGUCGUGGUUUUGAUUUUGUUUUUUGUUAUUAUUUUUAAUCCAAUCUUGAAUGUUUUUUGUGCCGAUGAUGAUGAUGAUGCGAUGACCUGUAGAAUUUGCUGAAUUUUGAGGUUUUGAUUUCGGAAUCGGCGGCGAUGGGAGCUUCGCUCUCGAACUUGAGUGAAGUGACCAAUGGCUCCACCAUCGGUCCUGGCCUCGGCGACAUACCGGAGAGUUGUGUCGCCUGUGUUUUUCUUUACCUUACUCCGCCGGAGAUUUGUAACCUCGCUCGGCUAAACAGGGCGUUUCGCGGCGCCGCUUCAUCGGAUGCCGUUUGGGAAUCGAAAUUGCCCUCGAAUUAUCAAGAUCUUCUCGAUUUGUUGCCUCCCGAACGGUACCAAAAUCUGUCCAAAAAGGAUAUCUAUGCUCUGCUAUCUCGUCCAGUUCCAUUCGAUGGUGGAAAUAAGGUGGAGGUGUGGCUGGAUAGAAUCACUGGAAGGAUUUGCAUGUCGAUAUCAGCUAAGGCCAUGGCUAUUACUGGAAUUGAUGACAGAAGAUACUGGAAUUGGAUUCCUACUGAAGAGUCUCGGUUCAAUGUUGUGGCAUAUCUGCAGCAAAUUUGGUGGUUUGAAGUAGAUGGGAUGGUAAAAUUCCCAUUUCCUGCUGAUAUCUAUACACUGACCUUCCGACUUCACCUUGGAAGGUUUUAUAAGCGGCUUGGUCGACGUACAUGCAGCUUCGAGCAUACUCACGGUUGGGGCGUAAAGCCAGUACGGUUUGAAAUGUCUACUUCUGAUGGACAGCAAGCAACGCAUGAAUUCUGUUUAGACGAGCACGGGUUUAUUGAUGUAAGUGGACACCGUAAGCGUGGGUGUUGGAUAGAAUACAAGGUAGGCGAAUUUUUGGUUGACAAGUCGGGAUCAGCCACGGAAAUAAGAUUUUCCAUGAAACAGAUUGACUGCACGCAUUCGAAAGGCGGGCUUUGUGUAGAUUCUGUAUUUAUCGUUCCGAGUAUCUUGAAAGAUCGUAAAAAAUGAGGAAUCCCAGAAAGAGUAGUCAACAGAAGAAGAUUAUAACUUGGAAAUUUACAGGUUACACCAUUUUUAGGCUUCUGAUAUUUGGGAGGACGUUGUCUUGGUUUUCCCUGAUAGGUAUGCGUUCUUUCCUUUUUGCUUAUGUACAUUCUGUUAUCAUACAAACUCAUCAGUUUUGUUACGUUCUGUACAAUUAACUCGAGACCGACAUGAAUUAGGAGGAUUUGACUGAUUUCUUUGCUUAUUCGAACUGGUUUGUCUCUGUGUUCGGUUCAGUUUAUCGAGUUUUAUCAAUUUUCCUGAUA